AGUAUUAUUCCAAUAACAACAUUAUCACUAUGAGCUCCACCACCAUGGCCACAGGUGGUAGCAGCUCCAUUUUUCUUUCCAUCCAAACACCACAAUCCCAAAAAUUACAAACUUUAUCACCUAGACAAUUUUCUUUGACUAACAAUAAGUGGUCUACAUUGUCAUUAAGUCAUAGGAAUUGUCUGUUAGAAUUUAGUUCUUUUCUUUGUUCUUCUUCCACUUCUUCAACUCCACUUGUUGAAGAAGAAGAAGAAAAUAAAGAAGUGAAAGAAAAUGGGUCUAAUGAUGAUGUUCUUACAGCUUCAAUAAACCAAGAAUCUAAUUCAAGUUUACCUCCUGGUGCAUGUCAGGGCUGUGGGAGAAUGGAGAAAGAAAGUGGCUGCAAUGGCGAAGGACGGAUACAAGGAGGAAUUGCAACAGUUCCAGGUUUUGGUUGGUGGCCGAUAAAGGCUUACAGGCCUUGCCCUGCUUUUGUUGCUUCGGGUGGUAGGUACAAAAGGUUUGGACAAAGCAUGGAUGAAGUUGUCUCUGGGAGAGGAGGUAAAGUUAAUUCAGUCGGGGCUGAUUCUGAGGUUCAAUCAAGGUAGA